AUGGUAGGAGACCGUACAGCUCCACGAGAAAUUGUGAUCCGACGAAGAAAUAACACUCUCGAUUUCAUAGCUGAUACACACCGAUUGUACGAUGCUCUCCAAUAUCCGCUAAUGUUCUGGAAGGGACAAGACGGAUAUGGCAUUAAUAUUAAACAACGAGAUCCAUUAACAGGAAAUGAAACAAACAAGAACGUCAGCUCGAAGGAUUUUUAUUCUUAUCGUCUGAUGGUAAGACGCGGUCAAGACAACAUUAUUUUACGAUGUCGAGAGCUUUGUCAACAGUUCAUGGUAGACAUGUACGUGAAGAUCGAAAGUGAGCGGUUGCGAUACCUACGGUUUAAUCAAAAGAAACUUCGUUCUGAAGAGUAUAUACACUUACGUGACGCUAUUAUGAAUAACGCCGACACAUCUGACAUUGGAAAAAGUGUCAUUUUACCAUCAUCAUACAUAGGCAGUCCACGUCACAUGCAAGAGUACAUUCAGGAUGCGAUGACUUUCGUUCGGGAAUACGGAAGACCGUGUUUAUUCAUCACUUUUACAUGUAACCCUAAAUGGCCGGAAAUCACUUCUUUGCUUUUGGAAGGACAAAAUUCCACACAUCGGCAUGAUAUAACGGCACGAGUGUUCAAACAAAAAUUGAAAUCGUUAAUUAACUUCAUAACCAAACUAAAUGUAUUCGGUCCUACACGCGCCUGGAUGUAUUCGGUCGAAUGGCAAAAGCGAGGAUUACCCCAUGCACAUAUUCUUAUAUGGCUUCAAGACAAGAUACAUUCUGUGGAAAUUGAUACUUUGAUUUCCGCAGAAAUACCUGAUCCUUCAACCGACAGGUUAUUGUUCGACAUUGUUACUAAUAAUAUGAUCCAUGGGCCAUGCGGUAACUUGAAUCGUUUAUCACCUUGCAUGGUAGAUGGCAGAUGCACCAAGAGUUUUCCGAAAUCGUUCACCAAGGAAACUAUUACGAAUGUGGACGGAUAUCCGAUAUAUCGCAGAAGAAAUAUCGACGAUGGAGGACAAUCAUUCACGAAAACAAUAAACAACGUUGAAUUAGAUAUUGACAAUCGUUGGGUUGUGCCAUAUUCACCUUUACUCAGCAAAACCUUCAAUGCGCACAUCAAUGUUGAGUUUUGUAGCUCAGUUAAGAGCAUCAAAUAUAUAUGCAAAUAUGUGCAUAAGGGAAGCGAUAUGGCAGUCUUUCGAAUUGAAAAUUCCAACUCAAAUGUUUCUCCAGUCAAUAAAAACGACGAAAUAACGUUGUAUCAAACAGGUCGAUACAUCAGCUCUAAUGAAGCUGUGUGGCAAUCCAAAUCAGCUGUAUCGAUUGCUCUCGCCCAAUUCGAUAACCGCAAUCCCGCAACCACAGUUCAAUCGGACGAAAACUUGCCGGAAGCCAGUUAG